CGCACGCUCGAACUGACGAUACGCGGAAGUAAAACGUACAAGUCGCCAUCGCAGUGUUUAUAUCGUGAUGACGUCACGGCACACUGCCAGACCGUCUGUAUGACGCUGCAGAAUCUCGAUUUUUUCCCGCUGCGAUCUCGGAUUUAUCGGGAAUAAAGACAGUUUAACCACGCACUUUUGCUUCACGAGACUGAAAAAGUGCUCAUCGGCGACGUAAAGUUGGGGCUCUCGAGGGGAAGAGAUAAGUGAACGGAUUUUUCAACAUUGAAAAUUAUGAAUUCGAUUCUGAUCACUGGCUGCAACCGCGGAUUGGGAUUGGGGCUUGUUCAGCACUUGACGCAACUGCCAAAUCCACCGGAAAAAAUUUUCGCAACUUGUCGUGACGUCACUAAGGCGCAGGAACUGAAAAAAAUUGCUGACAAGUCUAAAAAUGUUCACAUAAUCGAGAUAGACUUGAAGGAGACGCAGAGGUAUUCCGAAAUUGUUGAUCUGGUUGACAAAAAUGUUGGGGAUGCAGGUCUCAAUGUGCUCUUCAACAAUGCGGGAAUUGCGACGAAAUACAUGAGAAUUGGAAUGGUUAAGGAGGAGCACUUGACUGAAGUUUACUUCGUCAAUACUGUUGUGCCCAUAAUGCUGACGAAGGCAUUUCUACCGCUGCUGAAGAAAGCCGCCAAAGGGAAGAUGGGCAUGGGAGUCCAGCGAGCGGCUGUCAUCAACAUGAGCUCGAUCAUAGCUAGCAUUCAGGAUAAUACUAUGGGAGGAUUCUAUCCCUACCGAUGCAGCAAGACUGCGCUGAAUGCAGCGACCAAAUCAAUGAGCAUUGAUUUACUCGACGAUGGAAUCCUCGUGGCUUGCAUGCACCCCGGAUGGGUCAAGACCGAUAUGGGGGGCUCAAACGCGCCAAUGGACAUCGACACCUCAGUUUCGGAUAUGAUCAGGACCAUUCAGGGGCUCAAUGAGUCCCACAACGGCACCUUCCUCCAGCACGAUGGGACAUUCCUGCCUUGGUAGAAUAAAAAAGUGGUCUUGAAUGCGCAAAGCCUUCCUUUUUGGGCGCAUAAAUUCAAUUUAGCCAGAAAACAACGGAGGAGAAACAAAAAUCAGCCAUUCCCAGGCACUUUGAAUAAAUCAAAAAUACGAAAUCAGUCGACGUUUUGGAAAAAAAUGAUGUAUUUAUUUUUUACAAUUUUAUUAAUCAAUUAUAUGAAAUCAAGAGAACGUCUUUCAAUUUCGGGAAUAGAAAAAAAUAUCCUACAAUACAAUUAUUAUUCCUUGAACACUGAAAGUUCACGUCAUUGUUUACACAUGUGUAAAUUCACAAUUAAUCCCAGUUAUUUUCAAACGAAGCACGAAGUAAAGUCUCAAGUUGAGAAAACAUUGAAGUCGACACCUGUCAUUUGCUUUCGACGAUUCAGUUGAUUUUGUGUCUAAAAUUCUAUGCGUUUUUACUGACAUCUCGUCACGAAUAAAAUUGUGUAUUUCAA